UUGGUGCAAUGUGUUUGGGUGUGUCAAUGAAGGGCAUUAUCAUAAGAGCUUUAAUCAAUCAAACCUGUUAUUUUCAAUGGAAGCAGCUACAAAAGAAAUGCCUCUUGAACUCUUUGUACAAGUUGUUGGAUCAGCAAAGAAAAUUGAUAACAUGAUAACUUGGUGUAGGCUUGGAAAAACACUUUAAGAAAUUCCUACCGAGGAAUACAACCAGCUUAUGGAUACUCAUGCCAAGGGCCGACUCUCACGUUUAAUAAAUAUUUUAGACAAGCUCAAGUUGGUUCAGUUUUCCAAAGAAUUCAUAGAAGAUGCUGGUGUACCUUCAGAUGCCAUUCCUACACAUUCGAUGGGGCUCAGGCCUUACAUUGAAGAACCAAUACCGAGAAUUCUUCCGUCUGCCCAACUGAACAAUCAUAGAAAAAUUCGGCAUGAUUUUGUGCUCUUGAAGCAGUUCUUCGUUAAUGCCUAUUGGGAAACAUUGGAUUGUUGUUAUUUGACUGCUGGCUUGGCUGAGCCAUCGAGUGCCUUCCCUGGCUGUUCUGUUCCUGAGGUGCUUCGCCUUGCAUAUGAAAGGCAAAAUCGGAUUCGUGAACAGCCCAGCAUUACUGCUAAACAAAAGCAGCAAAAGACUUCUGAGAAAAGAAAGAGAUCUGCUGAUGAUAUCACCCUGAAGUUUUUCAAACGAAAAGUACAAGCUUGUGGAUCUGUUGAACAAAUAUCGGACCAGUCUACUCUUGAUGAUGAGGAAGUACCAGAGACAAUCUCUUCAUCACCCACUGACCAAACAAACCAAAGUGAUCACCCGGUGUCCAGAAUUGGCAGUACUUCUACACACCACGCAGAUGAAGAUAAGGAGAGCAGUCCAGUGAUAAGUCGAUCUACUAUCCUAAGAAAAAGCUGCAUGAGAAGUAAAAGAUUCUUGUGGACAUACGAAUCCGAUAGAAAACUGCUGAUGAUAUACAUCAGAAUGCGUGCAAUACUUGGAGCAAGAUAUUAUCGUGUAGCUUGGAACUCUCUCUCUGACCUUCCAGCUCCACCGAAUACAUGUCGUAGAAGGAUGGCGAUACUAUUGAAGGGAAAUGAAAACAUAAGAGGAGCUGUGAUGUGCAUAUGUAACCUUCUUGGGAAACGUUAUACUAGAUUCCUUGAAAAGGAAAGGAGAUCACAAAAGAGAAGAUUGCUUCCUCAGAUUUCAGAAAGUAGUAAUGAAACCAGUUUGGAUUCAGAUUCUGAGCAAUUCAAUUGGGAUGACUUCGAAGUUCCAGAAAUAAAGAAUGCACUUGAUGAAGUCCUUGAGUUAAUUCAGUCAGAAAAAGUGGACCAGACCAAGAGAGUUGGGGCCAAGAAUGAAAAGAACAAUAAUAAUGAUAAUGAUGUCACGAAGAACAUAAUAAGUUCGCAGGAACUAUCGAAUAAUCAGGCUACACAAGGUAAAACAAAAACAAGAACUCCAGUUCCAGAAAGUGGAUUCUGUGAUCAGGAAAAAAUCUGCAGAGACCCGAAUGAAGUCCAACCAAGUGAAAGCAUGGAUGUUCGCUGCAAACCUCAAGAAAAGAUCAUUAAGGACCGCAAAAAUAAGAUUAUUGAAAGAGGUGUACGGAAGUCAUUGCCCGUUGCAAAUGCAUUGGAGCUUUUGAAGUUAGUAUUCCUCAGCAGAUCAUCAGGAUCAGAUGUACAAGCUUCACUAGCAGCAACACUGAAGCUUUAUUCAGAAAGCGAGAUUUUUACUGCCGUUUCCCUUCUUAAAGAAAAAAAUUUCUUGGUUACUGGGAGUGGUGGGAAGCCAUACACCCUUUCUUCAAAGUUCUUAACCAAUGCUUGUACUUCACCCUUCCCAUUUGGUUCAGGAAAAAAGGCUUCUGAAUUUUCUAAUUGGCUUAUAACGCAGCAAAAGAAUGCUACUAACAAUUGAGUUUAUCUGUAUCCAGAUAUACAAUGUGGAGAAAUUGUUCAUCUUUUCUCUCUGCUUUUGUCGGGAAAGCUGUUCAUUUUGCCUUUCCUGCCUAGUGAUGGAGUUGGCGAGGCUGAUGAGCCUAACAACUCUACCGUAGACACCGGCAGAUUGGUUGACAGUAGUCAGAAGCACAAAGCUGAUACGAUGAAACAGAAAAGUGGAAAAGCUAAGAAACACAAGCCUUUGCCGAAGAUAGACAGUGACUUCUGCUACCGCCGGGAAAAAGGAUUCCCUGCAAUCCAAGUUGGUCUAGAUCUUGAGAGAAUUCAAACAAGCAAUCGCAUGCAAGAAUUACACGAUAAAGAAUGCCUUGUUUUUACUUCAAGCAG